UCUCCUCUCUUUCACUCUGUGGCGCGCGCAGGGGGGAGCUCAGUCCGAUGGAGACUCCGGAAAGUCUUCCGCGUCAAACACCCAGCAGCCGGCGUCAGUCAACAUGAGCCCCGCUCAUACUGAGGAUACAUUCACAUUUACUUCACUUAUCGCCUCACGCAGACGCCCGUCAGGUGGAUUUAGUUGCCUUGAUUGGCGUUUAUCAUCAUGGCUCAUGAGCGGAAACACAAAAGGCGCGUGGAGUGAAUCGACUCAACUACAGUGUUGAGGCCCUGCUGAAGAAGAAAUGAAGACAAGUGAUGACCUGCAGAUUAAAAACUAUGAUGAAUGGACACAUCAGGACACGCAGCCACCUGUAGGUGAUCUAUUUUGAGGGAAUAAUUUCUCCUUUUUUUCUACAUGCCUACUUCGUGUCUAUGCCAGCAUGCCUCUAUCAGACUGCAAAUAUGGGAGCAACCUCCAAACGGAGCACACCUUCAGCCUCCACAGUUUGCCCAUGGCAGAGAACUAUGGGAAAAGAACUGUGAGGACUUUGUUCGAUUUCAGCCACGCGAAUGUGACUGAAAAUCCGGACGUCAAGUGGAUUCCUCAGUUGUCACUGACCAACCUGCGGAGCAUCUCAAAAGUCAAAGUGGUCAGCUUCCUCAUGGGGUUGACUCUGACGUUCAUCGUCAUGGCCUCCUACAUCCUGACGUGGGACAGGAAAGGACUCUUGCUCACCCCCUCGCCCUAUCAGCUCAGGCCUGUGGUCGUCCCGACCAGCACAGCAGCAGCAGCAGCAGCAGCAGCUGUAGUUUCCUCUGAAAAUAAUUUAACAGACAUGAAACUUCUGGUGAAGAUCAUCAGCUCCAAACUGGAAUACACACCCAGGAAAGUGCCUGAUGAAAAAGAUAUCGUUGGAACGGACGCUCGUCUGUUCUCUGUAAUUCCCCGCCAUUUCCUGUCUGGCAUCAAGAGCCCUUGCUGGUAUGAGGAGUUCUCCGGUGAACUCGGCACUGAUCCCUACAAGAGGAACCUUUUCACUCUGCGCUCAAAGAGCUUCAAGACUAUGUGCGACAAACUGAGGACAAACUUUUACGAGCACCUGUACCACAGAGGCGGCAAACUGUUUCGUCUACGCUGCUUGCCGUUCUUCUACAUCAUCGGCCAGCCGAAGUGUGGCACGACUGACCUAUUCCACAGGCUGCUGCUGCACCCGGAGGUCAAGUUCAACACGAUGAAGGAGCCACACUGGUGGACCAGGAAACGCUUUGGUUAUAUCCGUUUCAAAGAUGGCUUCCACGAAAGUUUUCCUGUGGAAGAUUACUUGGAUCUGUUUGACUUGGCAGCUCACAACAUCCAAGAAGGAUUCAGUGGAAAUUCAUCUGGAGACCACCGCGCACUCAUAACAGGUGAAGCCAGUGCAUCCACUAUGUGGGACAACCAAGCCUGGAGCUAUCUUCACGGAUACGGGGAGGAGACAGAGCCUCCGUUCCUGGCUCAGGACUUCAUCCACACAGUCCAGCCCGGUGCCAAAAUCAUCAUCAUGCUCAGAGAUCCAGUGGAGAGACUUUAUUCUGACUACCUGUACUUCAAGAUGGCCAAUAAGUCAGCUGAGGACUUCCAUCAGAAGGUCGUAGACUCCGUGCAGCUGUUUCAGUCCUGCCUGUCUGAGAGGUCACUUCGCUCCUGCGCCUACGACACCGGCCUCUCCAACGCCAUGCCGGUGAGGCUUAAUUUGGGUAUGUACAUCGUCUUCCUGCUGGACUGGCUGACAGUUUUCCACAGGGAGCAGAUUCUCGUUCUCCGUCUGGAGGACUACGCAGCCAACCUUAAAGUGACCAUCAAGAAAGUAUUUGAUUUCCUGAGUGUAGGUCCUCUGUCGGAGCAGGUGGAGGCAGCACUGACCAAACGGCCCAUGUCUAACACCCGGCGGACAGCAGACAGAAACCUGGGUCCUAUGCUUCCAGCCACCAGAGACCUCCUCAGGGAAUUUCACCAGCCCUUCAAUCAUAAACUGGCCAGUGUGCUGGACUACAAGGCGUUCCUGUGGAGUAACACUUGAAGGGACACGAGCAUGUGGACGGAUGUGAAUAAACAACCAGAGCAAGAAGCUAAAGCAGGGAUCAUGCCUGUUGACAGAAACUAAUGUACAAUGUGGGUGUUGUUUGUGAUAUUUAUUUGCUCUUGAAAUAAUGUGAGUGACUCAUUGAGUCCAGAUGAUAAUAAAAUGAGCUGAAUUUGUGUUUUAAUUUGAUGCUUUUACAAUGUUGAUAAUGUAAAACUAAUUUAAACUUGUAACAUUAGAUUUCAGGGGAUCUGAGAGAGUCAGCAGUCCUCACAUUAAAGAGAAACAUAUCAUCAUAGUGAUUUUACAGCACUGGUUUGUGCACAAAGUGGGUUAUCAAGGAACAUUUUGAAAGCCAAGAUAUUUUAAUACCAGCAGCUGAAGCCUCAAAUACCUCACUGACCCAAUACUGUAGACAUGUUCUGGAAAUAACCACAAGAGGGAGCUAAAAGACAAAUCCUGACUCCAGUAGCAGCCAAACACUCCACAGACCUGCUGUGAUAUCUCACAGCGUCACAUGUAGGAUACAAUGCAGAUCAAUACAGCCAGAGUUGUUUAAGGCUCCCUGUACAGAAUUAUAAAUUAAAGGUUCAGUGUGCAGGAUUUAGGGGCAUCUAUUAGCAGAAAUGAUCGAUGGAAUUCACAGCUGUUUUUAUUAAAAAGAAUCAUGAUUUGUUACCUUACAAUGAGCUCGUUUUGUUUACAUACAGAACGUGUCCUGUCCCACGGAGUCUACCAUGUUGUUUCUACAGUAGCUCAGAGCAGACAUUUCAAACACUGACUCUAAAUAGCACCAUUCAUGUUUUCGCAUCGGCCACCAGGGGUGUCAAACUCAUUUUAGUUCACGCGCCACAUACAGUCUGAUUUGAUCGCAGGUAGGCUGGACCAGUAAAACCAUUGCAUAAUAUCCUUUAAAUAACAAACACCUCAAAAUGUUCUCCCUUUUUUUGUUUAAAUAAGUACAUCUUAAAAAUGCUAAUCCAUUUACAAAACAGAUGACAAACAGCCUGUGAUAUCUUCAGAAGAAUAAAUGCACUUUCAACAAUAUUUUUCAAUUGUUCCACAUUCAGUCAGUCGACUACUCACUGUCAUGUGCAUUUCCACUGCUACUCAGUGUUUAACUUGCACCUUAAACCUGGCACCUCCUAGCCUCCACAAGUGCAUCACUAUUAGGUGUGCAAGGUCAUCCGGCCGGCCACAUUGGACCCUUUAGUAGGACGGUUCUAGCCCUGAGCAGUAUGUUUGACACCCCUGUCCUAUAUGCUUUGCACACAUGAGAAGUUUUAGUUCAACCUCACCGCUAGAUGCCAUUAAAUACACACUGGACCUUUAACAGCCAAAAUGCGUACCAUCAGGUAUAUCUUUAGGCUGCUCCAUCAUCCCAACAAUAAAACAUAAAAAUGUUGUAAACCAAAUAAAGUAUAACCAAACCAAAAGGAUGGAAUCGAGGGAAGAGAGGGUUAACAGAAAGGUAGGCAAUCAGACCUGAUGACCUGACUUCACUGUUCAGACUGAAUCAAAUUCUGCGGGGUGAACAUAAUUAUUUCUGUGUAUAAUCAACCCCACAUAUUUACAUAUAAUAAAACCCCAUUGACGAAAUAUAGAAAAUAAUCCAAUGCAAAAAAAACAUCCAACCCAGUAAUUUACCUGCAUAUCCACGUAGGUACACACAAACACCAUUAUCUUAUAUCUGAUGAAAUGUCAUAACUGUGCUUAAUAAAGUCUCUGGGAGUCUUA